GGACCUGCAUAGAAGGCUUCCCCGUAUUUCUCCUUCUGUUCCUCAUAUCUUUCCAUGUCUUUUUGGGGCAGAGUCUUGAUUAACCUGUUAUACUGCCUGAAACUGGCAGCUUCAAAGUCCGAGAACCCCUGAUCAGGGUUCUUCUUCUUCCUCAUCCUCUCCAUUUUCUCGGCCUCCACGGCCGUUACAUUCAACAACUUAACCCUAUCGUAAUCCUCGCCUCUACUUUUGGCCUCUUCGCGUUCCUUCUGAUCGUUUAACGUCCACUCAGCGCGACGCUUGCGACUUUCGUAGUUCGCUGGCAAGUUAUUUCGCGCGUCUUCGGCUAUAACUUCCUUGUGGUUGUGAGAUCUGGCCUCGUUACGCAUCGUGUGCAAGUUACGCAGCCUUUUCAUGCGUUCCGCCUGCUUUUCAGCGAAGGAUUUGGGCUUUUCAUCGUCCAUUUUCACAACAAUCACAGAUUAUAACAAUAACUGUCAACUGCGCAGUGACAGUCGGAGGUGCCAACCAUAUGAGAAUAGUAUUGCCAACUUAAGUGGGUUGAAACUAGAAUUGUAAACAAGUUGCUGUCAAUCUCCAAGGACUGUAAAAUCCUUGGUCAAUCCCAUUAUAAUUAUAUUAUUAGCAAAACAUUGUUAUUCACGCUUUGCUAAAUCGAUAUAAACAUGGAAACGAAAAGUGCAAGUAAUUUUUGGUGGAUGAAAUCGGCGAAUAAAGCCACUGACAAUGAAGAAGGCGUCCCUAGUGUUACAGUAGUACCUAGGUUAGAAUUGGAUAUUUCAAGCUCAUUGGCAGAGUUUUUGGAAAAAGAGCAAAACGCUUUGAGCAGUAAUAGAGACAAUUUAGAUGUGGGAAGUAUAAUUGAGGAAAUUAAUCGAGUGGCAGCACAGAGUCCGCUGGGUCCUUUCAACGCCAACACACCAGAACGAAGCAUAGAUGAUAUAAUGAAAGAAGCUGAAAAAGUGUACAUGGAGAGUUCGAAGAGUUUCGAGCAGUUAAGCCAAAGAUCAAAAACCUCACAGAACAUUACUGACUUUAUAACUUCGAGCAAUGAUUCCACUCCCACCCCAAAAAGUUUGAGCCCCUUGCCAUUGGAUAUGUCCAAGCACAGUGACAGUGAAAGUGAAAGUGAGUUGUACAGCGAAGAUUUUUCCGAAGCGAGCAAAGUGGAGUCAACCCCACCACCGGAUAAUGAGAAGGUGAGCCAAAACAAAGAAAUAAUGGAAAAUGAAGAAAUUGUUGUAAAACCAACUUUAGGAAAUGAUAAUUUUAAAAACACACCGCUAAAACCUCCAGAAAAACAAAAUGAUGCAUUCAUUUUUAACAAUAAUAUCUUUGAUGUUAAUUCCUAUAAGAACCAAACGGACAAAACAUAUGAAAAGGAUGAUGCACAAUUGCUUGAAUACAAGGAAGUAAUAGAAAUAAAGGACGAUAUAAUCAAAAAUUUGGAAGAGGACAAUAAACAUUUGAUGACUGAAAUAAGACAAAUAAGGUCUGAUCUCGAUGACGCAAAGCUUCUGCUGGAAAACAAUAAAAAAGCUUUGGACGCAAAAUCCAUCUCGUCUCCCAUAGUCAAUUUGGAACUGGAAAGGGCUCUGGAGCACCUCAAAGAUUCCCAGGAGAUCAACACAUCCCUGCAACUGCAAAUAACUACGUUGAACAAGACGCACCAGCAUCUGAAAACGUCGUACGACGAUGUCCUGUACUCCAACAAGAAUCUCGAACGGCGAGUCAUAGAGAUGGAUACGACGCUGAAUAAAUAUAAAGCCGAAUUGUUGAAUGUCCAAAAAAUUAAGGAUAGGUUGUUAGAGAGCGAGACGCACUUAAGUAAGCUGUUGGAUGUGGAAAAACUAUCCAACAAGAGCAUGAAGCUGCAGAACGACAAAGAUGCCAGGUGCAUCCAGGAUCUGAACCGGCAGAUCAAGGAGAUGGAGCGCAUCAUAGCCAGAAAGCACCCCGACUCCGUGUCGGCUUUAAUCGUGGCAGCCAAAAAGGACGAAACCGAUUCCACCUUGACCGCCCGAAAGAUUCUGGAGGACCGCAUCAAAACCCUGGAGCAAGAAGCGACGACGAGGGACAACCAGUCCUCCAAAGUGUUCGUGGAGAUACAGGACAAGUUCAAUCUAAUGAAGGGCAAGUACGAAAGCCACAUCGAAGACUUGGAGCUGCACGUCAGCGAUUUAAAAUCUCAAUUGAAACGCAAAGUCGACACUUACGACGUCUACACUCAAACCGCCGUCGAGGAGCAGAAGAUCCCGCAGAAAGAGUCGCACAGCGUCUCGGUGCAAACGGAAACUGUUGUGGCCAAGGCUCCCAAAGUGGCGCCCGUCAAGCGACAAGAGUCGAAAUCGGAGGCUCACUUGAUCGCCACCAUAAGAGGCUUGCAAGCCGAUGUAACCAACAAGGAGAAAAUCGCGAUGAAGCUGCAAAAAGACGUGGACGAGUUGAGGAAGACCAACAGGCGCCUGCAGAAGGAGCGCGAGGGUUCACUGAAGAGUUUGAACGAUAAAAAGGAGUUCAGGAGUUACCCUGAUAAACUGGCUCUGCAGAGUAAAGCUAGCUCCGACAUCAGUCUCGAUGAUGACGCUAGAUUACUCAAAAACGAACGAGAUAAACUACAAAAACAAUUAAGAAGACUGGAGGAGGAUUAUCAGAUACUCAAGGACAAAAGAAUAUUCGAUUUAACAACACUUCAAGAAGCCCAUGAAUGUGAAAUCGCCAACUACGUAUCGACUAUAACUCCUCUAAGAGAGCAGCUAGAAGUAGUGCAAGUUUCACUGGCAAACCUCCAAACGCAGCUGUGCGCGGCUAAGGAAGACCUAGCUGUUGUCACAGUGGAAAGGGAUCAUUUGAACAGUAGGUUACUGUCUUCCACAACAGCAAACAAUCCGUCCUGUGUAGAUGUAGAUGAUCUUCACAAAAAGAUUGCGUUUCUAGAAACUAGGUACGAAGAGCGCGAGCAUAGACUUAGAGCCAUUGUUUACGGCUUAGCACAGAAAACUGUGACGAAUAGAAGCUGCGAACAGUGUUCCGAUAGGCAGAUGCAGCUGAUUGGUUACAAGAACGAGCUGGAUCAGCUUCUAGCUUCGGUUAGGGCUUUGCAGUGAUUUUUUAUGUUGAGAAUAAUGUUCCGUCUAUGUUCUAGAUGUUAAGGUUACAUAGAAUUUGCCAUAUUUGGGUACUUAUUAUAGCACGAGUUAUUUAUUUAUUUUACUUAGAUAUAGUUUCAAGUACUUCCCUUAUAACGAAAAUUGCCAAAAAGGUUUUAACUAGUCCAGUAUUUUAUACAAAUAUACAGUAUUAAAUAAAGAAAAUUUAUAGUUUUAC